UUUGACCAAUGACGUUUAAGCGCAUAUUGUUUGAAAGUUGUUUACAAACAUCUUGGAAGGCCAAUGGAAAUGUGUAAAUAUGCAUCAUAGCAGCAUGCUGGAGGGUCGUACUGAUGGAGUGAAGUCUGUCACUUGCUUUACCUACAACUGAUAAAUGAUGAGACUUUGUGAUGAAUCCAUUUUGUAUCCCUACAAAGUAUGACUCAGGUAUGGUAUGGAGUCCAAAGUUAAUGGUACAAGCGCAACCAGAGACUAUGAGUGAAGAAGAGUCAGGAAGUAGUGAUAGAGAAAACAAGAAUAUGUGCACUCAGAAAGAUAGGUCACAUCCAAAUUGGAAGAAGCACAAACACAAAGAGAGUGAGUCGAUCUAUGUGGCACAAUCAGAGCAUGAGUUUGCAUGUCCCACAUGCUUAAAGACUUUCAGUGACCACAGCUGUUUCAUAACUCAUCUGCUCUUUCACAGCAAAGAGAAUCUCUUCUCCUGUGAAGUACGUGAAAAAAGUAUCACAUCGAACCAGGGUUUACAGAGUCAAAGGAACCAUCAUCACAAGGAUCAUUUGGCAUCGAAGGCUGCUGUAGUAUAUGGCAUGAUGUCAGAGGUUAAUAGUAGAAGUAACAACUGGCCACAGGAAAUACCAGAGACUACAAAUGAAGAAGAAUCAGAUAGUUGUAAUAAAGAAAACAAAAAUUUGUGCACACAAAAAGAUAAGUCACAUCAGAAUAGGAAAAAGCGCAAACACAAAGAUACUGAGGCAACCCAUUUGGGACUAUCGGAGCAUGAGUUUGCAUGUCCCACAUGCUUAAAGACUUUCAGUGACCACAGCAGCUUCAUAACUCAUCUGCUCUUUCAUAGGGAAGAGAAACUCUUCUCCUGUGCAGUACAUGAAAAAAGUGUCACAUCGAAACAUAGUUUGCAGAGUCAAAGGAACCGUCAUCACAAGGAUCAUUUGGCAUCGAAGGCUGCUAUAGUAUGUGGCAUGGUGUCAGAGGUUAAUAGUAGAAGUAACAACUGGUCACAUGAAAUACCAGAGACUACAAAUGAAGAAGAAUCAGAUAGUAGUAAUAAAGAAAACAAAAAUAUAUGUACACAGAAAGACAAGUCACAUCAGAAUAGGAAGAAGCACAAGCACAAAAACAAAGAGACUGAGACAAUCCAUGUGGCACAAUCAGAGCAUGAGUUUGAAUGUCCCACAUGCUUAAAGACUUUCAGUGACCACAGCAGCUUCAUAACACAUCUGCUCUUUCAUAGGGAAGAGAAACUCUUCUCCUGUGCAGUAUAUGAAAAAAGUAUCACAUUGAAACAAAGUUUGCAGAGUGAAAGGAAGCAUCAUCGCAAGGAUAAUCUGGCAUCGAAGGCUGCUGUAGUGUGCAGUAUGGAGUCCAAGGUUAAGAGUAGAAACAACAACCGGUCACAUGUAACAUCAGAGACUACAAACAGAGAAGAAUCAGGGAGUAGUAAUGAAGAAAGCAAGAAUAUGUGCACACAGAAAAACAGGCAACAUCCGAAUCAGAAAAGGUGCAAAAACAAAGAGACUGAGACCAUAUGUUUGGCACAACCAGAGAACGAGUUUGCAUGUCCCACUUGCUUAAAGACUUUCAGUGACCACAGCAACUUUGUAACACAUCUACUUGCUCACAGGGAAGAGAAACUCUUCUCCAGUGCAGAACAGAGUCGCAGGAAGCAUCAUCACAAGGACCAUUUGACAUUGAAGGCUGCUAUAACAUCUGAGAUGGUUUUAAUAAACACUGAUACUGUCUAACAGUUCAGUAUGAUGAAAAUCAAUAUUGCCAACAUAAAGAAACUGUCACUCAAUCACACUUGCAGCUUGAUGAGGAAUUCAUUUGUUCAUCAUGUUCCAUAGAUAAUACCAACAAGGAGAAAUGUCAAGGUUGUGUAAUGAGUGAAGGUAUACAUUAACAAGACAACCAAAUCAAAAAAAUUAUAUUCACAGUUAACCAACCCUAUCAAACAAUGAAAACUAACCCUUUAUAGUG